UUAUAAAUUUCUAACGUCUCUUUAAUUUUUAAUAUUUAUUCUAAUGAACAAAUCUAUGCGUGGAUUAACAGUUUUUAUAAGCGACUUAAAGAAUUCAAAGACUUGUCAACAUGAGGAAGAAAGAAUUAAUCAAGAAUUAGCCAAUAUUCGGAAUAAGUUUAAAGUUGGACAUUUAAACAGUUAUCAGAAGAAAAAGUAUAUUUGCAAGUUAUUAUAUAUUUAUAUUCUUGGAUGGGAGAUUGAUUUUGGACAUAUGGAAGCGGUUCAUCUUAUUUCUAGUCAAAAGUACUCGGAAAAGCAAAUUGGAUAUCUUGCUAUAACGUUAUUAUUACAUGAAAAACAUGAUUUAACAUGUCUUGUGAUUAAUAGUAUUAAACAAGAUUUAUUAGACCCAAAUGAAUAUUAUAAUUGUUUAGCGUUACAUGCAAUUGCUAAUAUUGGAGGAAAGGAAAUGGGGGAUAUAUUAGCGUCGGAUGUGAACAGAUUACUUGUAUCUCCUGUAUCUAAAAAUUUUGUUAAAAAAAAAGCAUCUCUAACUCUUCUUUGUCUUCAUAGAAAAAAUCCAGAUGUUAUUAGGCAAGAAUGGGCAGAAAGUAUUAUAUCUACGCUGGAUGAUCCAGACUUAGGAGUAUCAUUAUCUAUAACAAGCCUUUUAAUUUCUCUUGCUCAAGAAAAUAGUAAAUUAUAUGAAAGAUGUUACCUUAAAGCUAUCAAUAAGCUAAAAAGAAUCGUUAUUGAUAGAGAAUAUAGUUAUGAUUAUGUAUAUUACAAAGUACCAGCACCCUGGCUUCAAAUCAAGCUUUUACGUCUUUUACAAUAUUAUUCACCUCCAGAUGACAAAGAUACUCAAGAGUUAAUAUGCAAAGUUUUGCAAUUCAUUAUAUCAUCUAUACUUCAUGAAUUACCAAAAAAUGUUCAACAAAAUAAUAUUCAAAAUGCAAUUUUAUUUGAAGCAAUUAAUGUUACUAUUCAUAUUGAUAUCGAUGAAACAUUAACAAAUCAAACUAUUCAUUUACUAAGCAAAUUUAUAUCAUAUAAAGAAAUUAAUAGUAGAUACCUUGGAUUAAAAGCUCUAAUUUAUUUAGCAGAACAUGUAAAUACUUUUGAACCGUUCAGGAAAUAUCAAGAUAUAAUUAUACAGUCUUUAAAGGAUAAAGACAUAAGUAUUCAAAGAAAAGCUCUCGAAUUAUUAUAUUAUACAUGUGAUUCCAAUAAUACAAAAACAAUCGUUAAUGAGUUAAUUCACUAUUUAGAAAACGCAAAUAGAGGAAUAAAAGAAGAUAUAGCUAUUAGAAUUGCUAUUCUAGCCGAAAAACAUGUAACAGAACGUCAAUGGUACGUAGAUAUAAUGCUACAACUCAUAAAUAUUUCUAAAGAACAUAUUGGCGAUGAUAUAUUACACAGAUUUAUUCAAGUUAUAGAAAAUAACAAAGAACUACAAAAAUAUUCAGCAAAAACAAUAUUAAAAUACUUAAAAAAUAAUCCUCAUGAAAAUAUGAUAAAACUUGGCGGAUAUAUUUUGGGAGAAUUUGGACAUUUAAUAUCUGACUCUCCUGAAAGUAGUCCUAUCGAACAAUUUAUUUCUUUACAUAUUAAAUUUAAUACAUAUUCACCCAAAACACAGGCAUUACUUAUGUCAACAUAUAUCAAAUUCGUAAAUUUGUUCCCUGAAAUCAAAUUAGACAUACAAGUUGUAUUUGAAGAAUAUGCAAACAGUAUUGAUUCUGAAUUACAACAACGUGCAUGCGAAUAUUUAGCUUUAUGUCAUAUGCCAAAUAAUAAUCUUUUACAAGAAUUAUGUGGGAAAACCUACCCUUUCUUAAAAAAUCAAUCAUUUUUAGUAUCAAAACUACUAAAACAAAAAAAUGAAGACAAAAGAUUAGAAAAUAUUAAAGAAAAAAAGUCAUCAAGAGAAAAAAACAUAAUAAGUACUAAAGACUUAUCUAAUUACAAAACAAUUGAUUUUGGUGAAUUGGAGAUACCUAAAAAUAAUUUAAUUGAAUUAGACACCUCAAACACUAAUAGCUUAUCAUCAUCUAUUUCAUCUUCUAGAGAAUCUGAUCAAUCCAUUAGUUUGUCAAAUCUUAUAUCGGAUAUAAACUACGUAUCACUGUCUGAUAAUUCUGAUCUUUCUAAAAAAUAUGAAGCAAAUUUUAACGAACUCUUAUGUACCAAUGAAGGAAUACUUUAUGAAGACGAAGAAAUUGAAAUAUAUAUUCACUCUAAAUAUCGUAAUCAUUUAGGAAAAAUGGAACUUUUAUAUAAGAAUAAAUCACAAUUAACAUAUACUUCUUUCACAUCUUCUAUUCAAAAUCUUUGCGAAUCAAAUCUCUCUAUUGUUUCGACAAUAGAUGUUCCUUGUACCCUGGAGGCACUUAAACAAGUGCAACAAACAUUAAAUAUUGAAAAUCGUGAUAUUUUCUUAGAACCACCAUCUAUAUCUAUAUCUUAUAUGUCUACAUCUAUGAAAUCUUUGACUUUAAAGCUUCCUAUUGUUCUUUCUAAGUUCUCAGAUGGAGUAGAACUUGAUUCGGGCGAUUUCUUUCAUAGAUGGAGACAAAUUGGAAAGUCUAGAGAAUGCCAAAAGAUCUUUGCUAUUAAGGAUAAAGAAAAAAAUAUCAACUUUUAUGAUAAUGUAAAAAUACUUCAAGGUUUUGGAUGGGAGAUUUUAAAAGAAAUUGAUACAAAUAAUCAAAAUAUAGUUGGUGCAUCAGUAUUAUAUACUAGUCAAGGAGGGAAAUAUGGUUCUUUACUAAGACUUGAGCCUAAUUAUGAAGCUAAGAUGUAUCGAAUUACUAUUCGAAGUACAAAAGAAGAAAUUGCAAAUCAUUUAGAAUCAUUAAUAGAAAAGAAAUUAUCAGAAAAUAUUUAAUCGAAUAUCAUAUAAAUUAUUUAAAUACUCUUUGGAUUUAUAACGUAUUCAUAUGUCGAGAUAACCUUACUCCUAUAUUUUGAUAUUAAAACAGCAUAUACUAUUAAAACAAAGAAAAAUAUACCAAAAAUAUCUGUACCAACUCUUAUAUUCGUUGAACCCAUUUUAAUAGCUAAUUCAAAAUCCCUGCUCAUUCCCAUACUUAAUUCUAAUUCUAUACCAAGACAUUUAGUAAUAUCAUCUCGACAUUUUACAAGUGCCUUAACAAAAUUUAUACAAUAAUAAUAGCUUUUCAAAAAAUACCUCAAAAUCUCUAUUAUAUUCACUAUUACUUUCAGAUAAUGAACCGAUAGUCAUAAGACCCUUAAGAUAGAGUUCUUUACAAUUAUUUAUUAUAUAACUACAUAAUUCCAUAGAAUCGCCAAUACUAACUCCAUUCUUUCCUACAUUAUUUAAAAAAAUCUAUAAUUUAUUUUAAAACAAACCUUCUUCACAACUUGUAUUUACUUGAACAAAAACAUUAAGUUUUUUAAAAUGAUUAUCUAUUUUAGGAGAUUUUUUCAAAUCAAUUAACGCCUUAUUCAGUAAAUAUGCCUUUCUAGAUGAAUCUAGACUUUCAACUGCCCAUAAAUUGGGUAUAGAUGCCAAGGCUUUACACUUAUUAGUUUGAAGUCCUAUAUAUAAAAAUAACUAAUUUUUCUAAUAUCAAUUAAUUUACUCCCAAUAAAGUGCCAACAACAAUCCGGAGGAAGUAAUUUAGCCUUUUCAAUCAUUUCUUGUACAAAGUUUUCUCCAAACUAUAUUUAUAACUAUACCAAAAAAUAUAAAUUUAAGAAAAAUACAUGUCUUUGACCAUAAUCAUAAGCAAUUCUUAUAUCAUCAACAGACUUUAACUUUGAAACUGCUACCAAGCGAACCUUUACUUGUAUAUUAAUAUAAUCACUAAAAAAACUUGUAUUACAUCUUUGCCUUUAGAACAUGAAACAAUAGCAUCACGAACACGUUUCAAGCCUAAACAAAUUUCUUCAAUACGAGAUACAUAACUCAUUCUUUUUUAACUAAAAAUCAUUACAAGUUUUCCCUUAUUUUUUUC